AUGGGGAACCGCACCGCCGCGGACGCGGACGCGCUGCUGGCGGGGCGCGGGCCGGGUGCGGGCGGCGGUGCGGGGACCCCUGGGGCGGCGGCGGCGUUGGCGGGGGGGGUGCUGCUCAUCGGCGCAGUGCUCGCGGGGAACUCGCUCGUGUGCGUGAGCGUGGCGGCUGAGCGCUCCCUGCAGACUCCCACCAACUACUUUAUCGUGAGCCUGGCGGCCGCCGACCUCCUACUCGCCCUGCUCGUGCUGCCUCUCUUCGUCUACUCCGAGGUCCAGGGCGGCGUGUGGCUGCUGAGCCCCGGCCUCUGCGACGCGCUCAUGGCCAUGGACGUCAUGCUGUGCACCGCCUCCAUCUUCAACCUGUGCGCCAUCAGCGUGGACAGGUUCGUGGCCGUGGCCGUGCCCUUGAGCUACAACCGCCAGAGCCGGGGCGGCCGUCAGCUGCUGCUCAUCGGCGCCACGUGGCUGCUGUCGGCGGCGGUGGCCGCGCCCGUGCUGUGCGGCCUCAACGACGCUCACGGCCGCGACCCCGCCGUGUGCCGCCUGGAGGACCGCGACUACGUGGUCUACUCAUCCGUGUGCUCCUUCUUCCUGCCCUGCCCGCUCAUGCUGCUGCUCUACUGGGCCACCUUCCGGGGCCUGCGGCGCUGGGAGGCUGCCCGCCGCGCCAAGCUGCACGGCCGUGCCCCGCACCGGACCAGCGGCCCGGGCCCUCCGGCCCCCGACGCCACCGCGCUCCGGGGCCCGCUGCCCCCCGACGCCAUCCCGCCCCCUGGGCCACAGCCCCCAGACGCAACCCAGCUCCCCAGGGCCAUCACGUCUCCCAACGCCAUCCCGUUCUCCGACGCCAGUGCGCACCCGGACGCAACCCAGCUCCCCAGUGUCACCCCGGCCCCCGACGCCACCCCGCCCCCCGACGCCACCGCACCCCCUGACGCCACCCCGCCCCCUGACGCCAUCCUGUACCCCGACGCCACUGCACCCCCUGACGCCACCCCGCCCCCCGACGCCAUCCUGUCCCCGGAUGCCAUCCCGUCCCCCGAUGCCAUCCCGUGCCCCGAUGCCGUCGCACCCCUCCACGCCAUCCCGGCCGAGCCCCCGCUGCAGGCCCGCAGGAGGAGGCGCGCCAAGAUCACCGGCCGGGAGCGCAAGGCCAUGAGGGUCCUGCCUGUGGUGGUCGGGGUCUUCCUGCUGUGCUGGUCGCCCUUCUUCGUCGUGCACAUCACGCGGGCACUGUGUCCCACCUGCGCGAUGUCCCCGCGGCUGGUCAGCGCAGUCACCUGGCUGGGCUACGUCAAUAGCGCCCUCAACCCCGUCAUCUACACCGUCUUCAACGCCGAGUUCCGCAACGUCUUCCGCAAGGCCCUGCGCCUCCGCUGCUGAGCGCCACCCGCCUCCCCGCCCCCCGCGCCAUUGUGCGAGGACCGGGCCAGACGCCAGCGGGCGGAGGGGGCGGGCCGGCAAGACUGAUUCAGCAGAUUCCUUCCUCUACGCCCGCUGGGAGGGCUUCUGGGGGUGGGGGGAGGGGGCGAGGAGGAGGAGCUGCUGCCCCACGGGGGGCCUGGAGAACAGAUCCCCUGAAGUCGGCUGCGGGGGUGGGGGGGCGACCGGCUCUGCCCCUGGGCAGCACAGGAGGCCCUUGGGAGGUUGGCUUAGCUCGGCCCAGGGAGAGAAGCAUCGGGAACCACAGCCGCCCCUGCCUGGAAGCUCGCGGUCCCUGUGCUCACAGCCUCCUCUGACAGGGGGCCCCCUGAUACCUGGGUGCCAGCUGCAGCCCCCACCAGCCGUUCCGGGGCCAGCAGCCUCCUCCCUCCGUCCCCUGGGCUGUUUCCCUUUGGCCCAAGGGGAGAGAGUGGACAGCUCAUCCUCAGAGGGAGCCUGGCCCUUCCCAGGGGAAGACAACCAGAGUGGGCAGGUCAGCAGCCAGGCCUCACCCAGACUGACCCCUGCUUCUCCAAGGACCAGCCAAGGUGGCCUGUUCCAUUGUCCCUGCAAGACACAGCUGAGCUGGUUCUGCCCACCAUUUGGCAGCUGCCAGGAAGUCAGAGCACAGCUGCCUGCCAGCUUCUGACCAGAGGUUGCCCAGAGCC